GAGAAAAACCCGGGCAGUGAAAGAGGGGGAAAUGGCUGUAGCCUGUAGCCAGACUUUGCCUGCUUAUUCAGCGCUAAAUGCUGCACUGCGCCGUUUCCAGUUGUGGGAUGACUCUUUAGACAUUUUUAUGCUCCUUUUCUUGGAGGAGGAGUGAAAGAGGGAGAAACUAGCCAGACCUAUUAGCUCGGAGCCUGAAACACACACACACACCAACUCUCUCUUUUUUUCUCUCUCUCUCUCUCUCUUUAUCUGACACACAUCCACACACACACACACACACACACACACACACACACACACACACACACUUGUACACUACUCCGACUCCACGCUGCACCGAGGUAACAGUGCGUGGAUUUAGCUAUAUAGCCAUCUGGUUGGAGGGGAACAAGGCAAAAGGACGAUGCAGCAGUAAAACACGGCCGGACAGAGAAAACCAAAGAGAGAACGACACACACACACACACACACACACACACACACUGAAACAGGAUGGCCACCGCUGUCUUUCAGGUGACUUCAUCUUGUGUUCCAACAACAAACUAUGAGCUGGCCCCAAGCAGCGACCUCCCUCUCAAACAUGUAGACACCAUGGGCUCAACAAAAUCCUCAAAAAGCAUGGAGUCACGGCGCAGACCAUCGAGGAGCGCAAGCUUGCUGCAGGCCCUGGAGGAGAGCUACGAGUUGGACCUGAUCUACAUCACAGAGAGGAUCAUCUCUGUCUCCUUCCCUAGCAGCGUGGACGAACAGAGCUACGCUGCCAACCUGCAGGAGGUCGCCUCCAUGCUGCGCUCCAAACACGGACACAACUACCUGCUCUUCAACCUCAGCGAGAAGCGUAAUGACAUCAGCCAACUUAAUCCAAAGGUGUUGGACUUUGGCUGGCCUGACCACCAUGCUCCAGCGCUAGACAAAAUCUGCAGCAUCUGCAAGGCCAUGGACACUUGGCUGACAGCGGACAGCCACAACGUGGUGGUCAUACACAACAAGGGCAACAGGGGCAGAACUGGAGUGGUGGUGGCAGCCUACAUGCAUUACAGCAACAUAUCUGCCAGUGCUGACCAGGCUCUGGACAGGUUUGCCAUGAAGCGCUUUUAUGAAGACAAAGUGCUUCCUGUUGGUCAGCCAUCACAGAAAAGGUAUGUGGAGUACUUCAGUGGCCUGCUCUCCGGACACAUCAAAAUCAACAAUAAACCCUUGUUCCUCCAUCAUGUCAUCAUGCAUGGCAUCCCCAACUUCGAAUCUAAAGGAGGUUGUCGUCCUUUCCUCAAAAUCUACCAGGCCAUGCAGCCGGUCUACACAUCUGGGAUCUAUAAUGUACAGGGCGACAGCCAGACCAGCAUCUGCAUCACCAUUGAACCUGGUCUUCUCCUGAAGGGGGACAUCCUGCUCAAGUGCUACCACAAGCGCUACCGUAGCCCGUGCCGAGAUGUGAUAUUUCGCGUGCAGUUUCACACAUGUGCUGUUCAUGACCUGGGGAUCAUCUUUGGGAAAGAUGAGCUUGAUGAGACGUUUAAAGAUGACCGGUUUCCAGAGUAUGGAAAAGUGGAGUUUAUUUUCUCCUUUGGGCCAGAGAAAAUACAUGGUCAAGGUAUGGACAACCUGGAAAAUGGGCCGAGCGUCUCGGUUGACUACAACACACAGGAUCCGCUGAUCCGAUGGGACUCCUAUGAAAACUUCAAUCAGAACUGUGAGGACAGCACAGAUGAAGUCAUCCAUACCCAAGGACCACUAGACGGCAGCCUCUAUGCCAAAGUGCGCAAAAAGGAGUCUGUUGAAGGAACAGUCACAGCAAAUGGCCUUCCACCCACUGCUGCUGAACAUGCCCUACCUGCGGUUGACCAUGCCUUAUCAGUGAGCAGCGACUCAGGAAACUCUACCGCCUCCAUCAAAACUGACCCAACGGAUGAAGCGGCAGCAGCCCCUCAGGCAUCCACAGUGAGACAGACAAACGUUCCUGUGCUUGAGGAGUCACCCUCAGUCCAUCACCCCACCCCACCUGCCCAACAACCAAUCAGUCCCCAAGAGAAACAGGAGCUGGAGCAGCUACUGAGUGGCUUGGAGGGGCCCAUGCACCGACAGGGCUACCUGUCCACCCCGACAUCUGCCGUUGGGGGGAUGCUUCACUUGGUGCCUGCUCAGGUCCAUGUCAAUGGGCACAGUAGCAUUGACCGUGAAACAGACAUUUUAGACGAUGUGCUGCCUACUAGUCAAGAGGGCAACAGUGUGGACAGUCUAGGAACUUUCUCCUCCACAGAUGAUAGGGCUACACCAGCUGAUCUCUACUACCAGUCUGAGUCACUCAAUAGUCAGGACCAUGUGCGGUAUCUGGAGCGCAGCGUUCCAGAAAAGGCUCUGGACACUGUCCAACCACAGGUUGGCAGAUCUGACAAACCUGUCACUUUUACCCAAAGUGAUUCAGCCCCAUUAUCGAGGACUUACAUGGCCACCCAGAACGGCAGUCUGGAUCGCUCUCAGUCAUUUGGUGUAGAACCAUAUUCUAUGCCACCAGCGCCUGCCCGCACCACAAGUAGCAGGGAUGCCGUCCAGCGUGGUCUUAAUGUUUGGCAGCGGUUUGGUGUACCUGAGGAGCCAGCAACUGAAGGGCUGACUUUUAGUCCGCUUCCCUCUGCUGCUGUGAUGCCCAGCCACCACAGCCUCCCACAGUUCCCUCAUGGCCACAGCGCCUCCCAACAAGAGAUUGAGCAAUCUAUUGAAACCCUUAAUAUCCUCAUGUUGGACCUGGAACCAGGUUGUUCACUGGUGCCAAAGUCCCAAAGUGCUCCACUGUGGGAAAACAGUGUUGUAGUGACAACACAGCCGUCCUUUUCCCAGAGCCAAAUCAGGCCCGCCUACCAGGGUGAUGAUGCGAUUCACACCCACUUUUCAGGUCCAAUGUCCAACCUGGCAGGCAACUCGUCUAAUAAACCAGAGCCUGCACCUGUCCAGGGAUCUCUGAGUUACACCUUGGAAACUACUGGAACUAGUCCUCUGUCACAAGCCUCACCUACUGUAGCUGGCCACGUCCAUGUACAGCUGAAGCCCAUCAACACCUACCCCCCAAGCACGCUGUCCAAUUCUGCAGAGGUCUCUGAGCCCCAGAGAAGUCCUAGUGCUGCAUCAGCUUCUCCCCAGCCAAGAGACAUUGAGCCAAAUGGAGUCUUCAAUGUUGAAGGUCUGGUGGCUCACAGAGUGGCUGAAUACUUGGCUCGUGCCCAAAGUGUCAUCCCCAGCAUGACUUCUUCUCAGUCUGAGCACCGCCGCUCUCACUCCCUCCCGGGUGUCCAGGCCCGUGCGCUGUCCCCGGACGAGCAUGCUGUGCCUCGCCAUCGCAUCCCCAGCGACGGCCAGUAUCAAAAUGGUCCUGACGAUGAGCCCUCUCCUGAUCUCCCAGUUCGUUCCCCCGUUCGAUGUGUCUCUCCAGAGUUUGUCAAUGCCAUAGCAAUGAACCCUGGAGGUCGACCAAAGGAGAGAAAUAUGCACAGCUACCGGGAGGCCUUUGAGGAAAUGGAAGGAGGCCCCAUCAGUUCUUCUCCCACAAUUGGUGGUGAGGUGUUUCCCCAAACCCCUGCCUUCCCCAUCUCACCGCAAACCCCUUACUUCAACCUGUGUCGGUCCCCUCCCGGUCUUGCCAAGACUCCUCUGUCAGCCCUGGGGUUGAAGCCCCACAACCCAGCAGAAAUCCUCCUCAAUCAAACAGGCUCAGAUGAUGAGAGCAGAGAGGGUGAGGAAGCACCAAGAAGCUACGUGGAGUCAGUGGCGAUGUCGGCAGUCGCAGGUGGAGAGCCGCCCACGUCACCUCGGAGCCUUAUUAGCCCAUUGGGAGAGACGACUAGCCAGCAGAGAAGUCAGAGUCCCUCCACUCACACACUGAACCCACCGUUGUCAAGCAGCAGUCCUAUCCAGAGUUCUCAGGGUGACCAUCCCCUAGCAGAGAGCAGUCUUAGCACUCCGUCCCAACCCACUACUGAUUCUGGGUUCCGCUCCCAGGCCACAGAGAGUGCCUACCCCACUCCAACCCCCUCCUAUCAAGCCGUUAAUACUCCUACCUCUUCCUACCUGGAUUCAAGCUCCCCAGCCUCCUCCUUCCAUGGUACCACUACCCCUACACUGUCCUACCUUGGCCCAAACACCUUCCUUGGGAGUUAUGUGGCCUCAGAUCCAAGUCCGCCCACCUCAGAACCCUCCCAGACCACAUUCAGCCAUGGUAGUCCCCAUGCACUGCAACGGACCAACAUCCUUGACUCCAAUCACAGUCCUGUCCUCCAGCAGCGCUCGAUUGCUCACCAGGAUUGUUCCAUCAUGGGUCAUCAAACAUCCCCAGCUAAUGGUGUUGAUAUGGGCAUGCCAGGUCUUAUGCCAGGUGGCAGUCCCAUCCUUGGUCAGCGUCUGCCUCAGGGGGCUCAGAAUAGCCCAGUCCUCAGCAGACAAGCCUCUUUGGGACAGGGGUCUCAGCGGAGCCCGGUACUCGGUCGACAGCCAUCCUUGGGACAGCCCAUGCAGAGCAGCCCCGUGCUCAGCAGACAGCCAUCUGUCACACACCCUCAAGGAAGUCCAGUUUUGGGCCGUCACCUGUCUGUGUCACAGAGAAGCCCCAGUUUAGACCGUCACCCCAUGCACAGUGGCUACACCACCCCAGAUGAGAGACACGGGAACCUGUCGAGGCAGAGCAGCUCCUCUGGCUACCAGGGACCACCUACUCCCUCCUUCCCCAUCUCGCUUGCAGGCUACCUGGAUGGAGGGAUGAUGGGUGUAGGGUUCAGGCAGUGUAGCCCAGCCCCUGGCUUCCAGCCCCAGCUUCCAGAGAAGAGGCGCAUGUCGAGUGGUGACAGACCAAACGGUGCUCUGUCCUAUGGCACACUGAACGGGAAAGUAAUGUCUCCAGGGAGUGGUGGAAGCACCCCUGGCUACUUCCACACCCUCUCGGACUUCUCCAGGUUCAAUAUGCCUGAUGGAAGUCCUGAGAGCAGGCUGAAUGUCAAGUUUGUCCAAGACACGUCCAAGUUCUGGUACAAGCCAGACAUUUCCAGGGAGCAAGCUAUUAGCCUGCUGAGAGAGAGGGAGCCUGGAGCCUUCGUAAUUCGGGACAGUCACUCGUUCCGGGGGGCCUACGGCUUGGCUAUGAAGGUGGCCUCUCCCCCACCCUCUGUACAUCAGAACAAGAAAGGUGACAUAAGCAACGAGCUGGUGAGGCACUUCCUGAUCGAGAGCAGCCCUAAAGGAGUGAAGCUGAAGGGUUGUCCCAACGAGCCUUACUUUGGCUGUCUGUCUGCCUUGGUCUACCAACAUGCCAUCACACCACUAGCCCUGCCCUGCAAGCUACUCACCCCUGCCACAGAUCUCAUUGAGGAAGCCCCGGCAGUUGCAACAGCGAAUCCACUGGUGGAGCGGCUCAAACAAGGAGCAGUGCAGAGGGCCCCUGCUGAUUACCAUGCAUGCAACGUGCUCUACAUCAACUCAGUGGAGAUGGAGUCCCUGACGGGUCCUCAGGCCAUCGCAAAGGCCAUAUCUGAAACACUGGCUACCGCUUCUCCAUCCACUGCCACCGUUGUGCACUUCAAGGUGUCCUCUCAAGGCAUCACACUGACUGACAACCAGAGGAAGCUGUUCUUCAGACGCCACUACCCCAGCAACACUGUCACGUUCUGCGAUACUGACCCUCAGGACAGGAAAUGGAAAAAACCAGAGGGAGGCACAGCCAGGCUGUUUGGGUUUGUGGCGCGCAAGCAGGGAAGCACAACGGACAACAUCAGCCACCUGUUCGCUGAGAUGGACCCUGACCAGCCUGCCAGCGCCAUCGUCAACUUCGUCUUGAAGAUGAUUGCCUCGCAGAAACAAUGAGAGCUGUCUGCAAAACCUGGAGCGCUUUUUUUUUUCAAUUAGAAAAUGCCUUUGGUCAUUUUCUUUCCUUUAAACCACAGACACUUACUUUCUGUUUUGGAUAAUUUUGCCUUUGGUUUGCCACCCCACCUUAUUUUUCCUGCUUUAUAAGGUAAAUAUGUAUGCAUGUUUGUGUGUAACCGAAUGAAAGAGGACAAGACAGAGCGCGUGUGUGCAUCUGUGCGUGUGUGUGUGUGUGUGUGUGUGAGAGUGAGUGAGUGAGUGAGUGAGUGAGUGAGUGAGUGAGUGAGUGAGUGAGCAGCUUGCAUGCAUGUGCUUUUCUUCUUGGACGGACUCCACAAGGGACCAGAGGAGGUGCAGGAUGGGAAGUGACUGUGUGUGUCAAUGGGACAGGAGGUGAUUUGAUUCACCCUGGCAGGGUAACUCAUGAACGGGAAGCGGGAAUGACAUUGUGUGCAAAUGUUAAUAUUUUAGCAGUUGUUUCAUUUUUAAUUUUUUAAAGAAGAAGUCAAGUUGUGCGACGUAAAGGUGGAUUGUAUAUCUAUCAGGCUUUUGACUGGUCAACCAAAGAUUUAAAAAAAUAAAAAAGUAGUCCGGGGCGUGUAUAGCGUGCCAUUGUUGGAGGGUCAGAAGUAUUCUUUUGUAAAACAAAUAUGGCUGCUUAAUCAAAAAUUACUGAACUUUUUUUUUUGUACUGAUACUGUAGCUCAACAAUGUUCUUGGACAUUUUUGCUGGUGAUGUGUGUGUAAAUAUUCUAGGCUGCUUUAUGAGUAGGACUGUUCUAGACGACAUUUGGUGCCUGCCUUUUUUUCAAAUGCAAAGCUUUUUAAGAAAAAGAACAACAGAAAAUAGAAACUCAUCCGGGGCUGUCUUAAAUAUGCAAAUAGCCAGACUUUGAAAUAAGGUUGUUCGCCUAAAGUCCACCCUGUUGGAUGUACUAGUGUCGCUUAAGACGCAACUAAAGUUACUCCUCUUUCGUGCAGAAAGAGAUAUCAGUGCAACCUAUAUUUUUUGUCAAUUUGCUGUAUCCAUGUAAGGUUAGAAUCAUUAACAAUCAAGUGUCGUGAUUGCUUUGGUCAGGACAAGCUUCCUGUUUCUGUUCUGUUCAGCCUCUGCAGCACGUAGCCGAACUAUUUCGCUCAUGACUGAAGGGCCAAGAGUUGUUUUGUGAGCGCAAUCUUUAUAGAAAAGUGUUGUCCUGCUACUUUCAUCUUCUGGUUUCUGCGUUGAAAGUUUAAAAAGUCUUUGCCUCGGCCGACCAAAACUGUUAACACUCACACCCUACCCAAAAGUAAGCUAUACAUAUAAAUAUACAUAUAUAGAUAUAUAUGAAAACUUCCAAACAGUGAGUUAAGAUAUUUAUUUUUUGCUUUGUUGCUCUAUGUUACCUUGUAUACAUGUAUUAUAAAGUAUACAUCAAGAUUAUGAAAGUGAGGAGAAUGAAAAAAAUUGCUUUUUUAAGUCAAGACAUAUAUAGACAUAUAUAUAUUGACAUAUAUAGUUGUAAAGUGUGUGCAUUUAAAAGUGUAUCACUGUUGUUUUUGAAUGUUGUAUUUUUUUGUUGCAUUACUUCCUUUUGUUAACAAUCAUGUUUUCUUGGGGAGGCUUCUUGUUGUCGUUAUUAUUUUUUGUAAGAGGGGAAAUAUUUUGUAUGAAAGAUUGUUGUUACUGAAGUCCAAAUUGGAGUUAUCCUAAAGUGAUGCCAACAAAAUUGUUUUAUUAAUUUAAACCUGCCUUGAAAAUACAUUGUCCAAGUUUAGCACUUAAUUGUUAAAGUAUUAUCAGUGUGUUUCUACAAAAAAAAAGACAUGAUAUGAACCCAGUUCAUGUCAUCAUUGCAUGUGCAGAAUGAGUCUUGCUCGUUCCACAGUCUCUGCAGCAUGGGACAGUCAGCUCAGUGAGUAGCUGCCGCCCUCAUGUGGUGUAGAGCAGUCAUACAAAAGGAACCACUUUUAUUCUAAUACAGUGUUUUAGCUGUGAUUGCGGCAGGUUUGAUUGUGUGAGGUAAAUUUGAGAAAAGAAUUCACUGAGAAAAUGAACUAAAACAACAUCAAUUUCUAACACUGAUUCCUAUGCUAAUUUUAAUUUCUACAUUUUUUUGUAAGCAUUUUAAAAUCCCAUCCAAGAAUUGAGUGUGCAGAGAACGCAUCUUUUCUUUAUGCCUGAUACACUAAAUCAAUUGGCAGCAUGAUGUAAAAUAGCUAGAUGAGGCUCAGUAUGAGGGCCUUCAUUAACUCCAAUGUACUUCAAAACAAAUAACAAAAAAUAAAUAAAAUACAGCACUUACAGGGCUUUUAUAUCUGACUAGAAUUUUCCAUUAUUUAUUAGCAAGAGUCUGCACGCUCAAGUCAGCUUGUUCCCUUAGCUGAAAGUAGUCAAGUCUUACUCAAGCAGUCUUUUCAGUAGAAUGCCCACAUGUAGUUAUCAUUCGGUUUUGAUUUCCACGUGUCGACCACGUCUUGACUCCGCUUACGAGACUAUAUGUCUCGUAAGCGCAAAAUCUAUAUGCACCAAAUCUAUAUGUUUGCCUACAAAAUGCUUGUUGAGCAAAAAGAGUUUGCCAUUUGUUUUGCGAGGUUGGAAACUCCAGAGACGCCUGCCAACUUUGACAGAUCAGUGUGGACUGUAGAAUGUGUGUGAUUGAGCUACUAUGCCUGUAUAGAGCUUUGAUAUUUUUGGUUUGCUACAUUGUAUGGCUUUUACUAUUUGUGACAGAAGAAAAACACAUUAAAAAGCAGUACAAAUCAUGA